AUGUCAACAACUCAACAUAAAUUAAAUAAUCAUAGCCCAAUACAUAAAAAGGGUAUGAGUGAUAAUCUUGAAAAAAUAGUAACCAGUAUGAAAAAUCCACUACAAUUUCUUCAGCAACCAAUUUCAAAUUCGACAAUAGUUUUACAAAAAGUUAAAAUUUUAGAUACAGAUAUAUCAAUCGAAGAGGGUUUUUCUACUAUUAUCAAUCAAUUAUCAGCACCAGUAUUUGAUAAAAAAGAAGGUAAAUUUAUUGGUAUCAUAGAUUUAAAACACUUUUUAAGCUAUAUACUUUAUAAAUUACCAUUCCCACCAACAGGUGAAUAUGUUUCAAGCUCAAUAAAAGAAAUGGACUUGUUCCCAUUCCACACUUUAGAUAAAAAGUCAUCAAUCCUUCAGCUAUUGAAAUAUUUCGAUUCUGGUGUUCAUAGAGCAUUUAUUUUAAAUGAAAACAAACAAAUAGAAAUGAUUAGUCAAUUGGAUAUCUUAAAAUGGUUUAAAGAUAAUUCACAGGAAUUUGGGGAACUUAAAAACAAGGAUGUCCUUUCAUUGGACCGUAGCUAUAAUUUACAUAGUUUUUCCAAAGUUCACUCUAUUAAUCAAUGCGAACCAGUAUUCAAGGCUCUUCAAGAUAUUCAAAAAUAUAAAAUAUAUGGUAUGCCAGUAGUAGAUGAUAAAAACACAAUUGUUGGUAAUAUUUCAAUUCACGAUAUCAAAUAUGCUUCAGAAAAUUUAGAUAGAUUAGCAUUGCCAUUGAACAUGUAUAUAAAAGAAAAGCCACCUGUAACUUGUGAAAAAACCACCACACUCGCCGAGUUAUUCAACAUAUUUUUAAAUCAUAGAAUCCAUAGAGUUCAUUUAGUAGAAAGUGGUAAACCAAUAGGUAUCAUUACAAUUACAGAUAUAAUUUCAAUGAUAUAUAAUUAUACCAUAUCCAAUAGUGACAAUAAAUCAUCAUCAAUUCAAAUGUAA